GAGUGCCGCGUGCCGCCGCGCCCCUGGGCUCGUCGCUGCCGGUUUGGGGCUCUAGCGCCGGGCGCUCGCGGGCCUGUCCAUGGACCGCGCAGCCGUGGCGCGGGUGGGCGCGGUGGCGAGCGCCAGUGUGUGCGCCGUGGUGGCGGGCGUGGUGCUGGCCCAGUACAUAUUCACCUUGAAGAGGAAGACGGGCCGCAAGACCAAGAUCAUCGAGAUGAUGCCAGAAUUUCAGAAAAACUCAGUUCGCAUCAAGAACCCUACAAGAGUAGAAGAAAUUAUCUGUGGUCUCAUUAAAGGGGGAGCUGCCAAACUUCAGAUAAUAACAGACUUUGAUAUGACACUAAGCAGGUUUUCCUACAAUGGGAAAAGAUGCCCAACAUGUCAUAAUAUCAUUGACAACUGUAAACUUGUCACUGACGAAUGUCGAAGAAAGUUACUGCAGCUAAAGGAGCGGUAUUACGCUAUUGAAGUUGAUCCUUUUCUCACUGUGGAGGAGAAGUUCCCUUACAUGGUGGAGUGGUAUACUAAGUCACAUGGUUUGCUUGUUGAACAAGGCAUACCAAAAGCCAAACUUAAAGAGAUUGUGGCAGACUCUGAUGUGAUGCUCAAGGAAGGAUAUGAGAAUUUCUUUGGUAAACUUCAACAGCAUGGUAUCCCUGUGUUCAUAUUUUCCGCUGGUAUUGGUGACGUGCUUGAAGAAGUUAUCCGUCAAGCUGGAGUUUAUCAUUCAAAUGUCAAAGUAGUAUCCAACUUCAUGGAUUUUGAUGAAAAUGGAGUGCUGAAAGGAUUCAAAGGAGAACUAAUUCAUGUAUUCAACAAACACGAUGGUGCCUUGAAGAAUACGGACUAUUUCAGCCAACUGAAAGACAACAGCAACAUCAUUCUGCUGGGGGACUCCCAAGGAGAUUUGAGGAUGGCAGAUGGCGUCACCAACGUUGAAAACAUUCUGAAAAUUGGGUAUCUGAAUGACAGAGUGGACGAGCUUUUAGAAAAAUACAUGGACUCUUACGAUAUUGUUUUAGUAAAAGAAGAAUCAUUGGAAGUCGUCAACUCAAUUUUACAAAAGACAUUGUAAGCAAACAGUUUGAGAGAAGACGUCUCCCACAGGUCAGCUGAAACAAGCACUGGCCAUCUUGAGGAAAGACUCUUAUUUAUAAUACAUUCUUGCUCUUGGACUCCCCUUCCCCUCCUAUGGGCGUCCUCUGAUCUCCAGGUGUGUUGGACCUGCAAACUGCAGCCCUUCUUCCGCCUCCAUCACAAUACUACAGAUUGUCUAAGCAAUUAAAAACCAUCUUGAGGCAAAUCAGACAAAGAACUCCUUGUCCCAAGUGAAUUCUGUAGUUUGGUGUUCUGCAGUUUCUGGGCCCUUUACCAGGUGAGCGUGGAGGCUCAGAGCCACUGUCUCAGUGAUUUUAACCACUGCCAGUUUUGUAAUUUGGGUGGAGUGUGAUGACACCAUCUUCUGAAAUUGUGUUUUGUUUGGUUAUUCUGUCUGAAAAAAUAUUUGUCAGGGAAGUCCGGCACUUUGUACCUGAAAAACCAUUGGUGUCUAUAUCACUAACAUUACAAAUAUUCUGUGUGAAACACUGAAAAUAAACCUGAAAUGGAAAGCUUUUUUAAA